AUGCCAGGCGAGAUCAUUGACCGUCCUAAUCCGCCGCCAGCGCCAUCACAUGUUCCCGACCAUGUCUCAGACCUCCUCGUCAAGCUUGAGAAGCCAAGUCUGCCAGAGAAGGCCAAUCAAGCACUGCAGAAGUACCGACGUGCCGCCAACUACAUUGCUGCAGCAAUGAUCUUCCUGCGAGAUAAUGUUUAUCUCGAACGCGACCUCAAAUUCGAAGACAUCAAGCCACGCCUGCUGGGUCAUUGGGGGACAUGCCCCGGCUUGACCCUGUUGUACUCUCAUCUGAACUACCUCAUCAAGGAACAGGAUCUCGACAUGAUCUACGUUGUCGGCCCAGGUCAUGGAGCACCUUCAAUUCUAGCAAACCUGUGGCUGGAGGGCUCUCUCGGGAAGUUUUAUGCCGAGUGUGGCCGAGACGCCAAAGGACUGAAGAGCUUGAUCACUGGCUUCAGUACUACUGGCGGCUUUCCCUCGCACAUCAAUGCAGAGACCCCUGGAUCCAUUCACGAAGGUGGCGAGCUUGGCUAUGCCUUGUCUGUGUCAUUCGGCGCCGUCAUGGACAACCCAGAUUUGAUCGCUUGCUGUAUAAUCGGCGACGGCGAAUCCGAAACUGGACCGACUGCCACAGCAUUUCACUCAAUUAAGUAUCUGGAUCCAGCUGAGUCCGGUGCCGUUCUGCCCAUCAUUCACGUCAAUGGUUUCAAAAUCAGCGAGCGCACAAUCUUCGGAUGCAUGGACGACAAGGAGAUGGCGGCGUUAAUGACUGGCUACGGAUAUCAGCCUCGUCAUGCAGUGGCUGUCUCGGAGAUACGAAGGAUUCAGAAGGCGGCUCGAGAGGGCAAACCUAUUCGCAAGCCUCGAUGGCCUAUACUGAUUCUCCGGACGCCGAAAGGCUGGUCCGGUCCGAAGAAGGUCCAUGGUCAAUUUGUCGAAGGGUCAUUCCAUGCCCACCAAGUGCCACUUGCCGCAGCCAAGAGCGAGCCGGACGAGCUUCGCGAUCUGCAAACCUGGCUGGAGUCCUACAAGCCAAAGGAGUUGUUCAAGGAGGAUGGCGAUGUCGUUGAUGAAGUCAAGUCGAUCUUGCCAACCAAAUCUCAGCGUCUGCUCGGUCAGAAGCCUGAAUCUUACAUGACUCAUUAUGCACUAUCGAUACCCGAUUGGCGCAAAUUUGAGGUCAAGAAAGGCUCCUCGGCUUCAUCAAUGAAGACGAUCGGCAAUUACUUGGAGCAGGUGGUGAAGGACAACCCAAAGACAUUCAGAAUCUUCUCACCAGACGAGUUCGAGUCCAACAAGCUGGAUGCCGUACUGAAUAGCACUGGCCGCAACAUGCAGUGGGAUCAGUACUCCUGGGGCCAAGGUGGGCGUCUGAUCGAAACACUGAGCGAGCAUCAAUGUCAAGGCUUCAUGCAAGGAUAUACCCUGACUGGACGAACCGCAUUGUUCCCGUCGUAUGAGGCCUUCCUCGACAUUGUCCAUUCCAUGAUGGUGCAGUAUGCGAAAUUCACUAAAGUGCUUCGUGAAAUGCCGUGGCGGACAAAGCUGUCCAGCAUCAAUUACCUUGAGACAAGCACAGCCUGGCGACAGGAGCACAACGGCUUCUCGCACCAGAACCCUUCUUUCAUUGGAGCAGUCCUCAAUCUAAAGUCCAGCGCGGCCAGAGUCUACCUACCACCAGACUCCAACACAUUCCUUUCCACAAUGGCCCACUGCCUCAACUCCACGGGCUACGUCAAUUUAAUGGUUGGAGCGAAACAGCCCACUGCCGUGUUCCUAUCGCCGGAAGAGGCAGAUGCACAUUGCAGAGCUGGAGCAUCCGUGUGGAAACAGUUUUCGACUGAUAGCGGCUUAAGACCAGAUGUCGUACUUGUCGGCAUCGGAACGGAGCUUACUUUCGAGGUCGUGGCUGCGGCAGAUUGGCUGAGGAGAAACGUUCCCGAAUUGCGAGUUCGCGUGGUCAAUGUGACAGACCUCCUGGUGCUUGAAUCCAACUCGCUGCAUCCCCAUGGUCUAGAUGACGAGGCAUUCUGCUCGCUGUUCACAGCAGACAGGCCUAUCCAUGUCAACUAUCACGGGUACAAGAACGAGAUCAGAGGCCUACUAUUCGGCCGACCGGAUACUCAGCGAAUCUCGAUCGCUUCCUACGAUGAAGAAGGGACAACAACCACGCCAUUCGACAUGCUCUUGCUCAAUCAUACCUCUCGAUUCCAUGUUGCCAUUCAGGCUGUGAAGGGAGCUGCCAAGCACAAUGAGAAGGUGCAGUUGAGGUUACACGAGCUCACCAGUGCGCUCACUGGUCUCAUCACGGAGACGAAGAAGUACAUUGUUGAGAAUAAGUCUGAUCCAGAGUAUCUGAAUGAUGUUGGCAACCUAAAGAUAGACACGGCUUCGCUGUCGGAAGGCUGA